AUGGUGCAGGCGAACCUCUUGACUCCACCUUCCCGGAUUCCUCCUCAAACCGCCCUGCAACUUUCCCAGAAGGCACCUCUGAUCCUGGCCUCCGCGCCGACUUCCUCAUUACCGUGGCCGCUGUCGCUCCUGUUCAGCCGGGAGACGCCUGAGACGUGGGCGAUACACGAGAAUCUGCUGUUGGCCGCAUUGCGCACAGGCGACGAUGCGUCAGCGCGCCAGAUCCUCGAUCGCUUGACCACACGCUUCGGCGCUGACAACGAGCGCAUGAUCGCACUGAAGGGUCUAUACGAAGAGGCUCUCGCAAAGGACGACAAGGAGCUGGAGAAAAUAUUCAACGAUUAUGAAAAGGUACUCAAAGAAGAUCCCACAAACAUGAGCGUGAGGAAGAGGAGGGUUGCGGUGCUCAAGAGCUUGGGGCGGACGGCAGAUGCCAUUACGGCGUUGACAGUGUUGGUGGAGAACAGCCCGACCGACGCGGAAGCAUGGGCCGAGUUGAGCGAGCUGUAUGCGAGCACAGGCGCGUUGGGCCAGGCCAUCUUCUGCUUGGAGGAGGUCCUACUGAUCAUGCCGAACGCUUGGAGUGCACACGCUCAAGUAGCUACCCUUCAUUACCUGUCCGGGUCUACCUCCAUCCCUGCAUUGACCCUAGCUUUGCGACACUUCGCUCGCUCCGUGGAGCUCAAUGACUCGUACCUUCGCGGCUACUACGGCCUGAAGCUCGUAUCUCAGAAGCUACUUCCCUUGCUCUCGGAGUCAUCCGUGUCGAAACGAAACGCUGACGAGGACGAUGUUGCACCGCCAAAGCCACAGUCCGUGAAGAAGUUGGAAGAGAUUGCAACCGCCAAGCUUGGUGAAAUUAUACGGCAAUACAGCGCAAGCAAGGCAGGCCAGAGCGGGUAUGAUGAGGCCGAAGUCAUAGCUGCCCGGGAGCUGCUCGACCGAGACGGCAAGGUGGAGCGGUGA